AUUUAGUAUGAAAACGACUUUCGUGCGCUAAAGACGUGAGCAACGGAAUAAAUUUUGAAAAAAAAAAACACACACAAAUACACACAUAUACAAAACAACUGAAAAUUUCAAAAAUAUAAAUGCGUUAAAAAACGAACAAAAUAAAUUUGAAAAAAAUAAACAUAAAAAAAGAAAUAUAUAACAAAUUAAUUUCUGAAGAUUUUAAAUUUAACAAUGAAAGUUACUAGCAAAGAAAAAAAAAUGAUAAUAAGUGACUGGUGAAUUUAUAAAAAAAAGAAAAAAAUUAUUAAAAAAAAAUAAAAGAAUAUUUUAUAUGAAAAAAAAUUAAUAAUAGAAAAAAAUUUCUAAAAGAAAACAAAUUUUUAUAACAAAGCAAAAUAUUUAAAAAAUACAAAAAAAAAGAAGUGUAAAAUCUAAUAUUACUUGCAACAGUUUGUGAAGCAUUAAUAAAUCUGUUUGUUAAAAAUAGCUGCAAGAUAAAACUUCAAUUGAAGCAAAAGUGAUUUAUAACAAAAAGUGUAAGAAAGAAAAUUGUAAUAAAAGUUUUAAAUAAAACUGCCGGUUUUACGCCUUUUUAAUAAUAAAUAAAAAAGCAAGAAAGAAGAUUUAAGAAAAAUUUUUUAAUAAAAUCAAGUGUUUUUCUUUGACGUUAGCUGGUAAACAAGCAGCCAAGUGUAAAUUUUAUAACAACAAAACAGAGUUUUAAAAUAAAGACAGAAAUUUGAUCUGAAGAAAAGAAUAAAAUUUCUGAUAAAAUACUAGAUUUUUGUUACAAAUAUGUCAACACAACAGCAAAAACAAUUGCAGCAGCAACAGCAACAACAACAGCGACAAAUCGAUGUAAUAAUGACGUCCAUGCAGCAGCAACAGCAACAACAGCAAACAAAACUGGAACAACAUUCGAAACCUAUCUUAAGCCCCACACGAUCCCUUGAUGAAGGUUUUGAAAGUGAUCCGGAUCGUGUUUCAACGGAUUCAGAGCAUCCAACAAGUGGAACGAAUCAAAACAAUGCUACAACAGCUCUAAACAACAACAACAAUACUUGCAGUACUAGUAGUAAUAAUAAUAGCAAUAGUUGUAGUGUUAGUAAACAACAACAACAACAAUACCAACACCAACAGCAGCAUCAACAUAAUAAUAAUGUUGGUUCUACUCUGGCACAAUUGUCAUCGGCCGCUACUGGUGGCUUGUCAGCCAAUGCUGAUUUGUCAUCAUCAUCAUCGUUGUCUAAUACAUCUUCAUCACUUUUAACUGCGGGACAUAAUGCAAAUAAAACAAUGGAUUUAUCCAAAAACAGAUUGGCUGCCUUGGGAGCACCACAAAUCAUACGUCGUCCACCCAAUGCAGCAGCCAUGCAGCUACAUCAACAGCAAUUGUUGCAACAACAAUUACUAGAUAAAUAUUAUAAAGAUCGUAGAGGUUCCAGUGACAACAAGUUUAACCCACAAAUGAAUAUGCAAAAUAUGGCACGUAUUUCUUCCUCGUCUUCUUCCUCAUCUGCAGCAGCGGCUGCCGCCUCGUCAUCCUCAUCAUCGUCAUCAUCAUUAUCGUCAUCGGCGGCGGCGAAUGCUGGAGGCUUAACGGCUGCCAGCACUCAACAAGGCAUGGGCUCACCACAAACUGCACAACGUUUGCAAUAUCAAAAGCAACGACAACCAGUGGUAGCCUCAUCGGCAGCUAUACACAAUCAUCGUUACACGCCAGGCGGAAGUAAUAUGGCCAAUAAUAAUGGUGGAUUUAGACGGGCCAAAACUAGAGCCAUGUCACCCUCGGUACUUAAGACGAAUGCAGCAAAUGCCUCUAGCACGCGCAAUAUGCUGUUAAUGCCUCGUGGCUCUGCCAUACGUUCGCACUCGGUCGAUGCCAUCACCCGUCACAGACAUCAUCAGCAGCAACAACAACAACACCAACAAUUACAACUGCAACAACAGCAAUUGCUAGCAGCCCACAACUAUGAUCCCUCAAAUGCUCUGAUUUUAAAACAUGAGGGUUCCGGCACAACCAGCACCUCAUCCUGUGCCCCCAACAGCACUACAACACGCAUGCAACACUAUAAAUUCCCCACAAACUCGGUCAAUGGCGGUUGCUCUUCCCUAACACCCGGUUCUACAACACAGGCGCUACUCGUGCAGCCAAUAUCAAGUGCUACAUUGUCAGCUAGUGCUGUGGCUCUACCGCCCGCCACAACCGUUCUAAAUACGGGCAAUGUUGGUGAUGCCGCUGCUGCUUUAGUGGCAGCAGCUGGUGGAUCACCAGUAAUUGCCUCAUCCACAAAUAGUUUAUAUACAUUCUAUCCAGCUGAGGGUAAUCUACAAGUAUGGCAAUCUGAAUGUGGUGAUUUGACAUAUAAGUCAUCGCGUAAUCUACAAACGCAUAAGGCACCAGUUUGUUGGACCCAGUCGAUACCAAGGCAAACAAGACGCUACACAAAUGCUCCUCAAAGUACGAUUAACAAUGCUAGUCUCCUGUAUCCCUCCUCAAAUGGACAAGUCUAUCGUAUACAUCCGGCCACCACUGUUAAUACAGUACCUAAUGCCCACAAUCAUAAUGGUGAUGUUGUCGAUGGUGUGGCCAUUAUUUCCUCAAAUUCUGAAUCAUCUUCCAAUUCCCAUGGUUUUUCACAACGUCUCAAGGAAUUGGCUGCCUCAGCAGGACUAUUGUCUCUGAAGCCUAGAACUCCUCUGAAACCAGUUAUUAAAACACGCGGCUCUCCGGGACCAGAAUUUCCCAAAAAAGUCACUUUUAGUGCCUUUGCCACAGUGCAAGUGGUGUGAUUUUAUGGAAUAGCUAUAGAAUUGGGUAUUGAGUUAUAGCUACAACACUAAUACUCUUCUACUUUGUAACCAAAUAAAAGUGUGGCUUUAAAAGUUUUUAAUUUUUUUCUUUUUCAUUUCAUUAGGUUGCUGCUGUUAAAAAAAUUAAUAUAAAUAAUAUUGAUCACAAAUGAUGAUGAUGUUGUGGGAAAUCAGCUGCUUCUUAUUGUUGCUAUGUUUGUAGUAUUUAGAUCAAAUAAUUUUGUUGAUUUAUUUUAUAAUAAUGAACUUUUUUCAGAAAAAAAAAUAUAUAAUAUUGUUAUUAAAAAUGUAUAAUAAAACUUGCUUAACACAUAAUGCACAAUGGGAAAGCAAACUUUACAUUAAAAAUAAUGUCUAAAAGAUUUCUACAGAAAAGCUUUUUAAAGCUUUUUAAAAAAUCCUAAAAAAGCUUUGAAAAUUUCUAAUAAAUUGAACUAUAAGAGCAACUUUUUGAACAAAAAAUUUGAAAAGCUUUGUUGUUAAAAUAUUGCCAAAGCUUUUAUAGUUAAAUUCAUAAAAAUAUAUCGUAAAGCUGUUAUUGUAAUGAAUCGAACUUUAAUGGCAACUUUUGAACAAACAACUUGAAAAUCUUUGUUGUUGAAAUAUUGUCAAAGUUAUUAAAGUUAAACUCGCAAAAGCUUUUAUUUCAAUGAUUAGUAAUAGUCAAAUUCAAAAAUUUCAAACAACAAUUUUUAAAAGCUUUAACGUUUAAAUAGUACAAAAGCUUUGAUAGUUUCCAAUAUCUAAUACAUUUUCAAAAAUACUAUUAAAAGCUUUAAAAGCUUUCAUGUUAAAAUACAUUCUGAACUGUUAGCACAACUUUUAUACAAAAAAUUCAAAAGUCUGGAUUUAAAAUGUUGUCAAAGCUCUUAUAUGUAUCUAAUAAAUACAAUAAACCUUUUAAUAAGCUUUUAUUUUUAUGAAUCAUGAAUUGGUGUUAAAAUUGUGCCGAAGCUUUGAUUUAAGGAAUUUUCAAAACUAUUUCCGAAAGCUUUUAAGUUGUUCUGCAACAAAUUUUAAAAGCUUUGGUCUUGAAAUAUUGCCAAAGCUGUAAUAGUUUAAAAUAUCUAAUAAAUUUAAAAAAAUUAUCAAAAAGCUUUUAAACAACAAACUUUAAAAACAUUGUUGUUAAAAUUGUGUCGAAGCUUUCAUAGUUUUCUAUAUCUAAUGAGUGAGUAAAACUUUAGUACUCAAAAUUAAAAGCUUAUAUAUCUAAGGCGAAGCUUUAAAUAUUAUACUUUAUAGAAAAAGCUUUUUAAUAUUUCUUGGAAAUGCUUUUAAAUAUUUAUAAAAUUUCUAUAAAAAAAUAAUUAAAUACUCCUUAAUGCUUUAAAACAAUUAUGAGCAAUUUUUUCUGUGGAAAGCUUUUACAACUAACUGCUUGAAGAGUUAAGCUCUCUAAAAAUUAAAAAAGCUUUUUCUUAAUGAUAACCAAAAAACUUUUAUUAUAAAGCUUUUAAUAUAGGUAUUUGAGCUUAAGAGUAAGCUUUUAAAAAAAAAUAGUUUUUAUGUUAAAGCUUUAAUAUAAAAUACUAAAUAUUAUGCUCUAUAUGUAUGUAUUAAAUAAAAAGCUUUUUCUUUUAUAACAAAACAAAAUAAAAGAAAACACACCUUUAUUAGAAAGCUUUUAAAGCAGUUUUUGAUAUUAACCUCUACAAACUUUUUUAGGUUUCACACAAAGCUUUUGAGUAAUUAUAAAGCAUUUGUUUGAGAUAAAGCCUUGUCGAAAGCUUUUAAGUUAAGUUUAAGUUAUUAUGAAAUAGUUUUUAUAAAUUUUAAAACUUUGUUAAGCUUUGGUAAACUGUUUAAACAAUGUUUAAUAUAAAGCUUUUUACUUAAGAAAAAAGGCUUGUCAAGUCAAAGCUUUUAAUAAAAGUGAUAAGAAAACUGAAUAAACAUUUUUCAAAUGAAAAUUUUAAAAAUAGAUUUUGUAAACUUUUAAGCUUUUAAUUAGGCUUUUUAUAUAGUGUAUAUAAUUCUAAAAAUGCUUUCUCAACGCAAAGCUUUGAUAAAACUAACAAGAAAAAACAUUUCAAAACUUAAAAGAGAGCUUUUUUAAGCUAAAGCUUUUAACUAAGCUUUCAAUAUACUAUAGAAAAAAGUUCAACUAAAACUCUUUAGACAGUUUUUGAGCUUAAAAGUUAAAAUUAUAUGCAAACCCAUUGUGCUUUAAUAACUUUUAAAAAUAAUAAAAAGAAAUAUUUCUUAUCUCUACAUUAUAAAUGUGAUUUAUAUUUUUAAAAACUUAUGAAAAAACGGUAAUUGUGCCAUGUUUAAAUGUGGCUUAAUAAUUUUAGAAAUUGUAACUAAAAUAUUAAUUUCCGCUGCAAUAACACAAAAUUCUAGUUUAGGAAAAUUAUAACAAAAAAUAAAACAUAUUUAAAACAAAAAUUAUAACAAAAAAAGUUAAACAUUGAAAACCAAAAGGUGGUUACAUUUAUUAACAUUAAAAAAACAACACUAAGUAAUUAUAACAAAAUACAAGUCUAAAUAAAUCUAUGUCACUUUAUUAUAUUAUUAAAUAAAUAUAUACUAUAUUGUAAUUAUGUAUGUGUGUAUUAUA